AUGACGUCCCGGGAGCGGGUGUCCACGGCGAAAACUGGGGCUAGUGUUGCUGGCGUUUCGGAAAGGCUUGGAAGUGGCACCGAGGACUCUUCGGGCUCGACUCGGGGUGAAUCUACUGUUGAGGGAAGCGCCCCAAGCCCGUCGGGAGUCAUUGCCGGAACCCCCUCCCCCGGCUUGAAGUGCAGCGAGACGUGCCGGGCGUGGAGUUCUCGUCCGGUCCCGGGCGGACUGACUGUGCCGGGCCAAGUAGAGCCCGGGGAGGCGCCGGGCGCGGCCGGCAGUGAACUCUGA